UCCGGAAUUCCAUUAGUUCCAUCGCCACCACUGUCUAGGACAAAAACAAACAAACAUAGCAAAACAACUUUCGCGCCAGGUUGUGUGAAUUUUGUCGGCGUUGGUUGUCUUGCUUGAAAAGCCCAGUUUCUAUUGAAGAGAGUCACAGAAAGAAAGAAAGUAUGGAUUUAUCUGCCUUUACUGCCAACAAUAAAAGCAGCGCUGUAAUCAAAUCCGCCGUUCCUGACGUCGCGAAAUCAUAUCCCUGUAUGCUCGGGGUUGAUGAAGCGGGAAGAGGACCUGUCUUGGGCCCAAUGGUGUAUGGCAUUGCCUAUUGCCCCGUGGAAUUUGAAGAGGACCUGAAGCGACUAGGUUUUGCCGAUUCGAAAACUCUCACUGAAGAAAAGCGGGAGGAGCUGGUGGGUGUCAUGGAACAGCGUUCAGAAUCCUUGGGUUGGAUGGUGGAAGUGAUAUCGCCCACUGUGAUCUGCAAUCAUAUGCUCAACAUGAGCAAGUACAGCCUGAAUGCGAUCAGCCACGAUUCAGCCAUCGGCCUGAUCAAGCAAGCCCUUGAUGAUGGUGUCUGUGUCACAAAAGUAUAUGUGGACACUGUGGGGCCACCUGAGAAGUACCAGGCAAAGUUGCAGGACAUAUUUCCCGACAUCAAAAUCACAGUGGCCAAGAAGGCAGACUCCACCUUUCCCAUUGUCAGUGCAGCCAGCAUCUGUGCCAAGGUUGCUCGAGAUCGUGCCAUCCAAACAUGGAGAUUUCCGGAAGGCCUAAGCUUAAAUCCAGAGGAAUAUGGCUCGGGAUAUCCUAAUGAUCCUGCAACAAAGAAGUUUCUCUCGGCGCAUGUGGAUAACGUGUUUGGGUUUCCAAGCUUGGUUCGGUUCAGCUGGUCAACAGCGGAAAAACUACUCGAGGAUAAUUCUGCUACAGUCUCAUGGGAUGAAGACGCAGAAAAGGCAACGCAGAACAAUAUUGCCUCCAUCCAGUCGUUUUUCAAGCGGGAUCCAAAUCACACAGCAAAAGUGGCUCCUAAAGAAAGCGCUUUUUUUGUGGAUCGUGCCCUUGCACAAGUGAGCGAUUUGUAACACACUGGUAGAUGUCAAACAUGGAGCUCUUUCUAAGCGUAAA